AAAAGAGCAAUGAUGGUCGAAGAGAUGGAAUUACUGCUCUGAGAUCAUCCUGGAAAAAAGGGCAGUAAUAGAAAAAAAUCUGGGUUUUUUGUUUUUUUUUUUAAUUGUUUUUUGUUUAUCUAAUUUUAAUUUCAAAAUAUAUUUUUUUGCAUAUUUUUUUCUUUGCUGCCUUUUUUUUUCUUUUGAGUUCAAAUCUCCCAUCAAAAACCUCUUUCUCCACCAUUACCUUCCAUUUCCCCCUCCCACCUAUCAAAUACAUUUUUCAUUUUUUCUGAGAGAAUCCCAUUAUUAUCAUUGCAACAACUGCUUCAAACCAGGGAUAAAGUUUUGAUCUUUCUGCACCUUUUAUGCUUCUGUGGAGAUUGUAAGGAGAAGUCAAGCUUUCAAAAGUUGAUAAUUAACAUGUACAUGUUAAGGGUGUUGUAAGAUCAAAUUUAAAACAGAAAAAAUGAGGGAUCCCGAUAUGAUGAUCGUCACCAAAGGCGGCGAAUUUACAUUUGUUUGUAGUAUAUUUUUGUAAUAGCAUUAAAAAGAGAAAAAAAACAAGGAUAAAAAAGAUUGCUUUUGUUUCAAGUUUUCUUGUUCAACCAAAAGGAGCGUAGAGAUUCUUUUUUGUUGUUUUUUCCCCUUUUGGUGUUGGUGUGUCAUUUUGUUUAUUGUAGAGUGAGUUUUUAGAAAGAGUUCGGUGUUUUGUAUUAAGGGGAAGAAAAACCUGGCGAUUUCGUAUAGUGUUGUGGCUGUUGGCAGAUGUCUUUGCUACCUCGGCCAUUGCAGCGUUUGGCUUAUAAAGAAAUGGGGGAUAGAUGGAAACAAAUUGGAUUCAAUUUGUUGAGCUUUUUGUUCUUGAUUCCAAGUUUCAUGAUUGAAGGGUCUUUGGCCAUUAACUCUGAUGAUGAAGGUUUGGCUUUGUUAGAAUUUCGAGCCAGAAUUGACUCUGAUCCUUAUGGUGCGUUUGCAAAUUGGAAUUCCAAUGACAGCUCUCCAUGCUUGUGGUGGGGAGUUCAUUGUGUCGACGGUAAAGUGCAAAUGCUGGAUUUGAGUGCCCUUUCUUUGGAAGGAACAUUGGCACCAGAGCUGGGGAAAUUAAGCAACUUAAGAUCACUUGUGCUCUAUAAAAACCAUUUCUCCGGUGCCAUUCCAAAAGAGUUCGGAGAGCUUACGAAGCUGGAGCUACUGGAUUUGAGGGAAAAUGAAUUGGGCGGAACAAUUCCAGCAGAAAUAGGAAAAAUGUUGUCUCUAAAACGCUUGUUACUUUGUGACAACAAGUUGGAGGGCAGCAUUCCUUCGGAUCUUGGGAGACUAAACUUGCUCUCCGAACUGCAAUAUGAUGAAAACCUUACAUCGACGUCAGCUACCGGAAUUGGCUGCAUAAAUAGGAAGUUUGGACUGUGCCUAUGGCAGAGCAGUUUGAAACAACUGAGCAGAAUGGGUUCAUUGCUCAUGCCGAUUAAAGGCACACUUAUACGUUACCUCAAUGCGUUGCCAUUACCACAGCAAAAGGACUCGCUGGCCGAGCAUCAAGACGAUUGCUGCAGUGAUGUGCCUGCAGGUUCAUCUGAGCAACAGAUAGCCAAUAGCAUGCAGGAUGUUGCCUCUUUUGCACGUCGUAGGCUGCUUGCGCAGUCAAAGAACCUCCCAGCUGUGCCUGCUACUGGUAUGUCGUCUAACGAACAGAUCAUUUCUCUCCCGACUACCCGAAGUAGUGGGAGCUUCCCUGCUGUGCCGAAGGCAAAACAGCCUUCUGCACCAUCACCAUCACCAUCACCACCAGUUGAAACGCUUCCUACCCUGGAGACUGAUACAAAGCCUGGAGAGCCACCUCCUGAAGAACCUUCAGAAUCUGGUUCCGGGAAUAUAUGGAAAUAUCUCAUUAUCAUUCCCGUUGUGGUCAUCCUGCUUGCAUUUUUGGCAUUUUUGUUCCUGUGUCGUAAACGAGCAGCGAAAACGAUCGGACCUUGGAAAACUGGAUUAAGUGGACAGCUGCAGAAAGCUUUUGUUACAGGAGUGCCUAGCCUAAACCGAGUGGAACUCGAAACAGCCUGUGAGGAUUUUAGCAAUAUAAUCGACACAAUUGGAGGUUGUAGAGUGUAUAAAGGGACACUUUCCAGCGGAGUUGAGAUUGCUGUUGCUGCAACUGGCAUUUCAUCUUUAAAAGACUGGUCCAAGAACUCGGAGAAAGCCUAUCGGAGAAAGAUCGAUAAAUUGUCAAGAAUUAACCAUAAGAACUAUGUCAACCUUAUUGGCUACUGUGAGGAGGAUGAACCUUUCAACAGGAUGAUGGUGUUUGAAUAUGCUCCAAAUGGGACCCUUUUUGAGCAUCUCCAUGUUAAAGAAAUGGAACAUCUUGAUUGGAAUGCAAGGGUGAGGAUCAUCAUGGGUGUUGCUUAUUGUCUUCAAUAUAUGCACCAUGAUCUAAAUCCUCCCUUAGCUCAUCCAAACUUAAGUUCAUCUUCUAUCUAUCUAACGGACGAUUAUGCUGCAAAGCUUGGAGAAAUUGGCUGUUUACCGUCCACAUCAAAGUCAGAGGCCUCAAGUGAUUCUGAAUCACAACAUUCGUCUGAAUUGCCACCAUUAGUUGAUUUAGAAGCGAAUGUCUAUAACUUCGGAUUAUUGUUACUCGAAAUCAUUUCCGGAAAGCUUCCUUGUUCUGAAGAACAAGGACCAAUCGAGAAAUGGGCGGACCAAUACUUGAACGAUAAGUCGAACUUCGGCUCGAUGACUGAUCCUACGCUCGAUUCGUUCAAAAACGAAGAGCUCGAGAUAAUCUGUGAGGUUAUCAAAGAAUGUAUCGCAACGGAUCCAAGGAAAAGACCAACAAUGAAAGAUAUAAUCACGAAAUUGAGAGAAGUGAUUCAAGUCGCCCCGGAACAAGCUACCCCAAGACUCUCCCCGUUGUGGUGGGCUGAACUUGAGAUUUUAUCAAUGGAGGCUACCUAAUUUAGCUCUGAAAUUCCUUUGUAAGUCAAAGUCUCUAAAUUACUUUGUAUCAAAAAUGGAAGAAUAUAGCUUUUGAUUACAUAUACUUGGUUACCAAAAACACUUCAUUUUUGGUCACUAUGGUCCUCAUACAUACAUUCAUACAUAUAUAUAUAUGAAUAUAUAAAAAUAUAUGUAUAUCACAUGUGUAUCAUCUAUUUGUUUUAAUAUUUUAGACCCCAUUAAAACUUAGCACUUUAUUGUAAUAAAAAGUAUAUUAUACUUGUUAAUGGGGAUUGUUGUGUAACCAUUUAUAAUAGAUGUAUGUAUUUUGUGAUUAUUAAA